UAAUUGAAUUGCGUGUUUGGUACCACAAGACUUCUGCUCCAAAACAAUACACUCAUAGACGGACCAUCGUUUCCGCCCGUAGCCAAACAGAGCCAGUAGUUUCAAAAUCCUUCACUGGCUCCUCCCCCCCUCUCCUCUUCUUCAGUCAACUUUUCUUCCUUACAAUGUCGUUCCCCGCCACGUCGUCGUUCCGUUCCGUUCUCUCCCGUUGCCGAACCUACUCCCUCCUCAACUCCAAUUCAGCUAAGCUUCACUAUCUCAUCUCAAUGUCACUCCCUCAAAACCGUUCUCCAUUCCCCCGGAAUCUCAAUCUCAAUCUCACCCGUAGUAUCACCAAAGUUCCACGCAAUAACUCCCCCAUCAUCCGCCCUAAUCUCAUAGUUCGCGCCUCAAGCAAAACUCCGAACCCCGAUCCUGAUGCUAAACUACUCACAAUCACCUCCGCGGUGACUGUCGCAUUAGCCGUUGCUAAUCGCGUUCUCUACAAGCUCGCACUCGUUCCCAUGAAAGAAUACCCUUUCUUUUUAGCUCAACUUACCACUUUUGGGUACGUGGUGAUUUAUUUUUCGAUUCUGUUUGUCCGAUACCGGGCGGGGAUUGUGACUAAUGAAAUGUUAGGGUUGCCUAAAUCACGAUUCAUAGCCAUUGGUAUUCUAGAAGCUCUUGGAGUCGCCAGUGGAAUGGCUUCCGCAGCAAUGCUUCCAGGACCGGCCAUUCCGAUACUGAAUCAGACCUUUUUAGUGUGGCAGCUAGCGUUUUCAACCAUUCUAUUGGGGAGGAAGUAUACGAUUAACCAAAUCGCCGGCUGCUUGCUUGUAGCAAUAGGUGUAGUGGUGGCUGUUGCAAGUGGUUCUGAUACUGACCAGAUGCUCUCUGGAGUUGAGCUUAUGUGGCCAGGAGUGAUGAUAGCAUCAGCAGCUUUUCAAGCUGGUGCAUCUAUUAUUAAGGAAUUUGUUUUUAUUGAUGCUGCAAAGCGACUCAAGGGGAAGUCACUUGAUAUAUUUGUUGUCAAUUCAUUUGGAUCUGGAUUUCAGGCUCUCUUUGUGCUUCUUUUGCUGCCUUUUCUGUCAAAUUUGAAAGGCAUACCAUUUUCAGAACUUCCUUCAUAUUUAAAAAGUGGGGCUGCAUGCUUUCUGAAAACUGGAGCUGGUACAUCAGGUUGUGAGGGGGCUCCACUGCUGCCAUUACUUUACAUAGUUAUUAACAUGGUGUUCAACAUAUCGGUGCUCAAUCUAUUGAAAAUAUCCUCAGCCGUUAUUUCUUCACUCGCUGUAACAUUGGCAGUGCCUAUUUCGAUUUACAUUCUCUCCCUUCCUUUGCCUUAUCUCCCCGAGGGUGCAAGCUUAAGCCCCUUCUUCCUGUUUGGUACCUUAAUACUUGUGUCAGGUCUUGUUCUAUACAACAUAGCCCAACCUGUUAUGGAGGACUCAAAAAGAGCUUGAUCUUACUACUAAAUAAGAAGGGCAUCAGAGAUUUCAACGUCACACUGGUUCCAUCGUAUAUACUAUGAUUCAUCAUGUUAAAGAUUAUAACCUUAUCGGCCAUUUUUCACCAUCGAGGGACAGAGUCUUCUGGAAAGUGAAAGUGCCAAGUCAUUGUAAUGUAUGAUCUCGUUCAUUCUGGAAAGUCACAGUGCCAAGUCAUUGUAAUGUAUGACCUCGUUCAUACACCUUAGUAUCCCACGGCCUUGA